AUGGAGUACAUUUUAAAGUCGUUUCAUAAAUCAACCGGUUGGAAUGAAGACAACAUUUAUUCACAUUUCACCGAAACUUCGGAUAAUUUAAUCAACUUUAGCAUACCGAAAGGCUUUAAUAUUACUGUCUCAUCCCAAGCUACUGAAAAUUCAUUCACGUCAUACACCCUCUCUGACCUUGGCUUCGUCAGUGGCUCAAUCUCAUAUCUUUACACAUCUAAACCUCUUAAAGGAAUUGCAACUUCUAGCGAAAUAUCUAUCCGCGAUGCAAUCUCAGGAUACAAGGUUCUGGAACCCCUCAAGCAACAAGAAGACCCCAUGUACUGGGAAGUCUGGCAAAAUGGAGUCCGAGUAGAUACUAGAGAUACCCUACUAUACGGCCGCAUGUUUUUGCCAGGCAAUGGGCUUGAGGCAAUGAUGGUCCGAAGGCUUUCACCAACCUCUCAAUUGGUAAUUAAAAGUGUCAGCGAUUCGCGAUACAAAAACAAUGGAGCAAUGACUUUUACCUAUCAAUACAAUGAUGGGAAAUGGACCAGCGAAUAUAUUUACUCCACCCAUGAAGCACUUCUCGGAUUAACUGGCACUUAUAACUUUGGUGCCAAAGAACGUAUGAACGACCCUUCUAUUACAUCCAGAUUAUCCCUAGGAGGUGAGCUUUUUUACGCUGUACUUUCAAAAAGUCCCGGUAUUUCCACUUGCUUACGUUACACUGCCCAAUCUCUCUACACUGGCACCCCCUUAUCAUUGGCACUUUUGUGCAACCCUUUAAUGGGUCAGAUCUCAUCUAUGUACUCACUCUCAACACGUGCAGCUUCCCUCGGUAGCCGGUUCGACUUUAACAUUUAUUCAUACGAAAGUGAUCUGUCAAUUGGCUGGGAAAUCUGGCGAUUCCUCGAUAAUACCCAAGAUGGCGGGUCUUUUGCCAGCAGCUCCUGUGACCAUGGCGACUUGGAGCGGGGCUCCGACACCAGUUUACUUGAAAAUGAAACUCUUAAGGAUUCACUAGACACCAUUAAACAGUCUGAUGCCACCCUACAAACUGAAACGAAAGAACAUACCAACUUAAAUGGAGACCUCGCAGUCUACUCAUCGCUUCCUGACCCUCCAUAUACCGUUUCCGUAGAAGACGGCUACAUCUCCCGUAAGUACAAGCGCUUUUUAAAUACUGUGGACCGCACCUUAUACGAUACCGGGCUUAAAAGUGUGGCCACAGACGAUCCAGUAGUAACCCCAAUCCCUCAUUCUGAAGGUGAAUCUAUUCAAGACGCUCCUGUGUUUUGUUUUAAAGGCAACACCAGUUUAAGCAAACAAACUAUAAACCUUUUAUGGGAAGGCCGGUUUAAAGAGCUUCUCAUUAGUUCUGGGUUUGGCCUAUCUCUUCAAACAAAAGUCCCUUCUGUGACUACUUUUGGUGUCGAGGUUCAAUAUUCGGCUUAA